AUGAACAAGACCAUCACAGCAGAGGACACUCUGAGCAACACAGCUCCUGCACCUGCAGCUUCUCGGGAAUUUGAUUAUGAUCCAUGUAAAGAACCAAGUUAUGACAUCUUGAUUAUUUCAGUUGUCUGUACUUGCAUCUCUGUGUGUGGGCUUGUGGGCAAUGCGGCGGACCUGUGGCUCCUGGGCUUCCGCACGAAGCAGAAUCCCUUCACCGUCUAUGUGCUGAACCUGGCCGUCGCUGACUUCUCUCUACUCCUGGUUCUGCUCAUUAACAUUUCAUUGCACUUUAUUUCACCAGAAUAUUGUAUUUCCCAUUAUGUAUUUUUUUUGAUCAAUUCUAUCCUGUUUGUGCUCUUCCUAUUUUGCUAUUUUGCUGGCAUGUAUCUGCUGACAGCCAUGAGCGUGGAGCGCUGCCUGGCUGCUUUGUUCCCACUUUGGUACCGGUGCCACCGUCCCAAGCAUUUGUCAGGCAUCCUGUGUGGGCUGCUCUGGGCUCUUGCUGCACUUUUUGCUACUUUGCUGUUUACUUCAUGCUUUUUUGUUGAAAACUGUCACCAAAUAUUCUAUGUUUUAUGCAUUGUGAAUUUUGUUCUGUUCUCUUUCUUCCCAUUGCUUUCCAACCUGGCCCUGUUCAUCAAACUCCGAUGUGACUCCCAGAGACGACACCCAGGCAAACUCUAUGUUGCUGUCCUGCUCAGUGUCCUCUUCCUGUUCAUCUUUGGACUUCCUUUCAGUGUGGAGACUUUCCUUGCUGUUUUUUAUACACGAUUUUAUUAUAUUUCUUGUGUGCUGGCCUCACUGAACAGCUCCAUCAACCCAGUCCUCUACUUCCUGGUGGGCAGCUGCCAGCGCUGCCAGUUCCGAUGCUCCAUCAGAGCUGCCUUCCAAAGGCUGUUUGAAGAGGGAGCCACGAGUGAUGAGAAUAGCCAGGAACCUGGGGAUGCUAUGGUGCAGACCAGUGUCUGA